AUAAAUCUUUUGCGCUCUCGAACUUUAAUCUUAUUAAGAAAACCGUGAUUAUUUUAACUUUUAACUUGGUAGUAACACCAAGUUCGCUUAGGCAACAUAUUCGAAAAAUGAAAUCAACACUAGGAAUUAAACACAACUGGAGGAAUUCCCCCGAGGAAUGGCUGGACGAGAAGAGAAAACACGACGGCGCCGAAGGUCUGUGGAGGAUCCACAAUGGACUGUAUGACUUAUCCGAUUUUAUUUCGAGACAUCCAGGCGGAAAAUUUUGGCUUCAGGCCACCGAGGGAAUGGAUGUAACUGAAGCGUUCGAAUCGCACCACAUUUCACUCAAACCGGAUAAACUUCUCCCCAAGUAUUUCGUGCGUAAGGCGACGACUCCCAGAAAUUCGCCCUUUACUUUUCUAGAGGAUGGCUUCUAUAGAACCUUUAAACGGAAAGUGCGAAAAGUGCUUGUGAAUGUACCGGUUGAGAGUGCGAUGAAAACCAACGUCAUGGUUGAUGGUAUGUUUGCAGGUGCGAUUCUUGUAGGUGUACUAGCGGCAAUACACGGUACAUUUAUAUUGGCUAUUGUCGCCGGAUUGAUUUUGGGUGUUUGUACGGUGGCAGCGCAUAGCUACUAUCACAGAAAGGACAAUUUUCGGAUGUACUACAAUGACAUCGCGCUACUUCCAUCACGAUCUUGGAGAAUCAUUCACGUCCUAAGCCACCAUGGCUAUACAAAUUCCGUUGCAGAUCUACAGUCGUACGGCUUUGAUCCGUUUGUUCAAGUUUACCCAUGCCAAAAAUCAACUAUUUAUAAGGCGUUAUCGAUUUUGACCCCUUUGACUUGGCCAACUUUCAUACCACUGAUAUAUUUCUCGAGAUUUAACAACUGGAAGACUUUCGUAAAGAAUUUUACAACAGUCGACCUUCUGCCUCUCGUCUUGCCUAUCCUCUUCUGUGUGGUAUCCAAGCAAAGUGUUAGCACCAAGCUCUUAAUUUGGGCAGUGAUGAUAGCUGUGAGUAGUUUUUGGUUUAUGAUGGUAGGCCUCGUGACCAAUCACAUCAACCCCGACAUUUUCGUAGAUGGGGACAAGCCAAGAUCACCACAUAAAGUAGAUUGGGGCACAUAUCAACUGGAUGCAGUUGGCGACAAGACGGGCGUCGUGAAUACCCAUUUCCUUGGACUCAUAUCAUUUGGCGACCACGGCCUCCAUCACCUGCUCCCGACCCUCGAUCACGGGGCGUUCCAACACCUGUACCCGGUUUUUUGGGAGACGUUGAAGGAGUUUAACUUGUUCUUACGUGUAAUGAGAAAAAGAGACAUGUGGGUUGGGUACUUCGAUCAGUUGAGGAGGGAAACACCAAAUCCAAACCCACCAAAUUUGGCUACGUACGGUGUGAAUUUGUAGGCCGUUUCUUUUUAUUAACUUUUGUAUAUUGUAGAUGUGUUUGAAUGUGUAAUAUAAAUUAAGGAAACUAAA